AUGGGUGGAAGCGAUAGCACUUUCUAUUCAAGAUUUGGCACACAUAAGGCCAUUAAUAGUGAUGGUGGAUCUCACUUCUGCAAUAAGUUGUUCAAAGGGAUAUUAGAAAAAUACGGGGUUUGCCAUAAUAUAGUCACUCCUUAUCAACCACAUACUAGCGUGCAAGUUGAGGUGUCAAAUCUGGAGAUUCAAAAAACGGUAAAUACUAAUAGAACAGAUUUGUCAAGAAGUCUUGACAAUGCUCUUUGGGCCUACAAGGCAUACAAGACCCCCAUAGGUAUGUCUCCAUACCAACUGCUUUAUGGGAAGGCUUUUCACUUGACAGUUGAGUUAGAGCACAAAGACAUGUGGGCAAUGAAGAAAUUGAAGAUGGAUUGGAAUGAAGAGGUACAACAAACACUUAAUGGGUUAAAUGAGCUUGAUGAGUUCCGCCUAAAAGCUUAUGAAAGUUCAGGAAUAUACAAAGAUAAGAUGAAGAAGUACCAUAUCCAUAAGAUUUAA